AUGUGUCUGCCUCAUGAUGUUCCUCAUGAUGUGUCUGUGCCUCAUGAUGUGUCCGUGCCUCAGGAUGUGUCUGUGCCUCAUGAUGUGUCCGUGCCUCAGGAUGUGUCUGUGCCUCAUGAUGUGAUGUGUCUGUGCCUCAUGAUGUGUGUGCCUCAUGAUGUGUCUGCGCCUCAUGAUGUGUCCGUGCCUCAGGAUGUGUCUGUGCCUCAUGAUGUGUCUGGGCCUCAGGAUGUGAUGUGUCUCUGCCUCAGGAUGUGUCUGUGCCUCAUGAUGUGUUUGUGCCUCAGCUCGUUGGGGGUCUCCCUCAUGACCCUGGACUUCUGCCCCUCGGACAUCACCUCCGUGUUUCAGUGCGAUCGAACUGUCAAUCAAAGCAGCAACGUGGUCGGGAUGGUUUCCAUAGCUACAGUCAACUGCUCAGGUUCUCUUAAAGCCCGCCUCGAUGCCUCGGUGGACCACUGCUCAGGGAAUGUUCUGGUCUCUUUAGAAGAGCGUUUGGUUCCCGUCUGUGAGAAGGUGGUUUCAGACCCCCACACUGCAUCAGUCAUCUGCUCCCAGCUGCAGUGUGGCUCCUCUGAGGGGGUCAUCGAUCACUACGGGGCCUCAGGGACAACAGAACACUUGUUUCAGCUGCAGUGCCCCGAGGGGAGCAGAGAAUUCAGCUCAUGCAGCACAAGUGCCACUGCAGACCAAUGUGAGACAAAGGGACUGCGUUGUUCAGGUAAUUAUAAUACUUAG